CCCCCUCCCCUCCCUCCCUCUACGCUAUUACUACGCCUCCACCCUUUCAGUCUCCUGCUCUUCACCUCCCUCAAUCGCACAAUGGCCUCCGGCUUCGGUAACAACGGCGGUCCCUCCCGCUGCUACGCCUUCUGGCAAGAGGUUCUUGGUUGCUACGUCGUCAACUCGGCCGAGGGUGAGGUUGGCAAGAAGAAGUGCCUACCUGCCUUGGAGGAUUACCACGAGUGCCUGCACCACAAGAAAGAGAUCAUGCGGACGAUGAAGAUGCAGGCCGCCUACCGCAAAGCCGAGGCCGCCCACCCCCGUGAUAAUGCGCCCAAGGCCGAACAGAUCCGCAGUCUGGGACUGCUAGGGAAGGAAGAAGAGUCGACGGCGUUUUUGUCACGGACAUGAGGCGCGUUUGUGCGCAUUACGGGAGUGUGGUUCCAUGUUGAUUGUUUCAUUACUACUACCAAGACUAUGCUGGUUUGUUUACCUUUUUUUUUGUCUGUUCAUCACUGCGCGGUCCUUCCCUGUAUAGAAAUGGACAAAUUUCCUUGAUCAGUUGUGGAAGGUCGUGUGCUUGUGGGCGGUGUUGGUCGCCGGCUUAGGCCCUCGCAUCGACCACCUAUGCUGUCCAUGAUACCUGGGCAGUCCAUUUCCGGCAGUUGGUGAUGCGUAUACUAAGUAGGAUGGCAUCGUUGGCCAUUGGCCUGGUCUGGAUCAGUACCAUGUGUAAUUCCAGGGGUAGGUCCUGUUUGGCACUUGAUAGCUGAGAGUACUAUAUCAUGGUGAGACAAAGAAAGGGUCAAACAAAGCAAG